UUGACGCUUGCUGCUGUUGAAGUAAUGAUGAUCGCUGAUAAACCACUUGUUCAAUACUUUUGUAGUCAAUAGAAAACAAAUACGCGAACGAAGUGCAACAGAUCACUACAUUGGUACUGCAGUUGAAUUCACCAGCUAAUAUCCAGUGCAAUCGAUACGUGCGGUAGUUGACUGUAUUUAGAGAAAUUAUUAUAUAUUUAGAAGGAGGUUCUUUAAAUAAUCUAAAUUGUUUAAACACCAUAAAAGUUCUUUAAUUGCUUAUUUUUAAAAUUCUGCUGUAUUAUUUGUUUUGAUAAAAGUGUUUAAUCGCGACUAAGCAAACAUUAAAAAAUAUUCGCCAAGAUAACAUAAUACCACACAAACGAUAAUUGUCACAGAGGCAAAUGAGUUCAAGAGCACCAACUACUAUCACACGCGACUAAUAUAACCGAAAACCUACCGAAAAUAGAGGAAAUUUGUUGGUUGGACAAAUUGAAUAUUAAAGUCAAUACUUGGGAUCAAUUCUGCCAGUUCGUUGGCGAGGUCAUCGGCACUGCAAUGUUGGUAUUUCUGGGUUGUACGGGCUGUGUACAGAACGACCACUUUGUGAACAGUCCCUUACAAUCGUCGUUAAAUGUCGGUUUGGUUGUUAUGAUGAUCGUGCAUUGCUUCGGUUGCGUUUGUGGCGCACACUUAAAUCCCGCGAUCACUUUGGCCGUUUACAUAUACGAUAUGAUUUCACUAACAAUGGCGGGCGUCUUCUUUUUGGGACAACUGCUGGGCGCUUUUGCCGGCUAUGCUCUUAUGAAGGCGCUAGUACCAGCUGAUGCCAUUUCAUUGGGUGGUGCCGCUCAUGGCGUUUGUGUGCCUACACCACAUCCAGACAUAACCACAAUGCAGGGUUUUUGGAUUGAAUUUAUCGCCACUGCUAUGUUGAUUUUUACCACCUGCAGCGCAGCUGAUUCACGAAAUAUGCCAUUCCAAGACUCAUUGCCAAUUCGUUUUGGUUUAACCGUUGCUUGCCUGAGUCUGGCGGUGGGGCAAUUGUCGGGCGCCAUGUUGAACCCAGUGAAAGCUGUUGCCGCCGCAGUAUGGAAUUCUGAUUACCAGGACCACUGGAUAUACUGGGCUGCUCCAAUGCUCAGUGCUCUAGUUAGCGCCACUUUCUACAAAGUGGUUUUCAAGCGCGACUAUGUUGAAAGGGAAUUGAAUGAGAAGCCAUGAGUAGAGAAGUUGGACUAAUGUCAUUGGCUAAAGGAGACUCUCGAAAAAUUAAUAUUUGAAAGUUAUAAACCGUUAC